AUGGUUGAAGAUCGACAAUCAACAGAAAAUUCAUCAGCUACUGAUGAUAAUGCUAAAACAGAUUAUCGUUUAUCAUUACCAUCAUCUUCCCAAAUACAUACAUAUCGACUAAAUAUAAAUUCGACAAUAAGUGAAAGUAGAAAAAAAUUCUUAUCUCGUAUUAUAACAAUUGUUGCCAUAUUUCUUCUUGUUGUUUGUAUUUUACUUGUUACAUUAACACUUCGUCUUGCACAUAAAAUUGAUGAACUUGUUCGUCUUAAACAACUUAUGCCAAAACCAAAUACAUUUUUAAUUAUAUCAACGACAACAACGACAACAACAGUAGCGACAACAAUUACAACAAAUAAUCCCAUUCAUAGGCGACGAUUAUUGUCUUCGUUUUUUACUUCCAUUACUAAUUGA